AUGAAUAUGAAGCUGUUCUGGAUUUUGGGGGCGAAUCCGGAUAUCGUACCGAACGGAUCCCGGGUGCCUUGGGCGAGGCGAGCGCGAAGCUCCUCCGAGCACCAAGUGCCUUCUGGCCGUUUGCGUAGAAGCGUGCGAUCGCAGACUGCGGUGCAUCCCUUGGACCGACGCAUUGCACGGACGGGCGGUGUAUUGAGUUUGCACAUGGGUCGGCGCUACGCCAAGAUCAUGGCGAGAAAGCAGGCGAGUGAGCUAGCGCGCGUGAAGCUCUUUGCCCGCUAUGGAAAGCGGAUCGUCCAGACUGCAAAAGCGGGCGGUGAUGUAGACGCCAUUGUACGGGAAGCUAUUGAGCGUGGUGUUCCGAAGGAAAACGUGGCUCGGGCUCUUACCAAGGCAAGCGCGUCUGAGCAAGCGAACUUCGAGUCCGCUAUCUACGAGCUUUUUGGUCCACAUGGGGUAGGAAUUUUGGUGGAGGCCCUCACAGACAACCUGAACCGUACAGCAGCAGAAGUGCGACUCGUUGCGCGCAAGGCAGGUCUUCAGAUGGCCUCGGCUGGUGCGGUUCAACAUCUUUUUGAACGAAAAGGUUGCAUCCGUGCAUUCGUGUCGGAAGAGGACGCUGAAUCCUCACAGUUUGACCCUGAUUCGUUGCUUCUCAUCGUUGCAGAUGCGGGCGCCGACGACCUGCAGCACCUCGCCAUGGAUGACACGCCGAUGGGACGAAGCGAGUUUCUGGUAUGGACACCGCCUGGUGCGCUCGCACAGGUCGCCCAAGCCCUCACAACAGCGGGUGUGAAGCUUAGCACCAGUGAGCUUGUUAUGGUCCCGAAACUGAUACCGCCCCCGGUUUCUGAGGCAGAUCGGGACCUCAUUCAUGCAGGCGUCGAAGCGCUGCAAGCCAUAGAUGAUGUAGAUCAGGUGUACACGACACUGGACCCUCGUCCAUGCGAUGCGGAUACCUCCUCUUCGUGA